UUUCAAAGAGUAACUAUGAUCAAGUCCCGCGAUCAUUCUGGAAAAGCCUGGGCAAAAGCUGCGCAACUACUUCCCCGUCACGUCGCUGGAGGGCGCCACCUUCUCACUUGGGAGCUCAACGUCACUGUUGACGUCACGCUAGAGCGCGCGGGGAAUACUGGGAUGGCCGAGCCGUCCACAAAGCGGGCCGGAGAACACAGAACGGGAACAGGAGUGCUAGUCGAAAAUAUGGAAUUGUCUUCGGUUGGUGAGCGUGUGUUUGCCGCCGAAUGCAUACAGAAGAAAAGGAUACGUAAGGGUCGCGUCGAAUAUCUGGUGAAGUGGAGAGGCUGGAGUCACAAAUACAACACAUGGGAACCGGAGGAAAAUAUCCUGGACGUGCGGUUGCUGGAAGCUUUCGAAACGAGCCAAAAGGAUCAGGGGGGAGGGAAGAGAGGACCCAAGCCAAAGAAAGAACGCAGUCAUAGUGUGGGAGACGCCCAGGAUGCCAAGCAAGACCUCAACAAGACCGGCAGCUCGGACGACCUGACCGUCGACACGUCGAGCGUGACCCAGGCGUCGUCGCCGAAGGAGUCGCCCGUGCCGCAGGCGACACCCGCACGAUCUCCGCCACAAAGCCCGCGUCAUGCGUCACCCACACCCACACCACCGAGUCAGGCAGCAGACGAUCCCAGUCCCGCAUCCCCAAAGCCCAAGACGGUCCCCGCACCGCUCCCGUCUCCACCGCCGACGCAGAAGACGCCAGCUCCACCUACAGUGCAACCAAAACCUAAAGAAACAUCGCCGGCGCCACCUGCGCCGACGAAGGAGGAGACGCUGCAGCGGGUGAAGUCGCCCGUCGCUGCGGGCAACCACGAGAAAGUGGAAAAGGUGUCGCCGGUUGUGCCCAAGCCAGAGGAGAAGAAGCACGCCAAGAGUGCAACGUUGACCGACUCGAUCCGCAAGCCGUGCGAGCCGGUUCGGACGCCGCAGGUUGAGGCGCGGAAAGUCGAGACCUCGGCCGGGAAGCGGAAACUGGACCUCCCGGCAAAGCCUCCCCAGACGAAGCCCGGUGUCGCCCCCGGUCCGACUGCGAUCAAAGUGCAAAAGCUAAACAAGCCUUCGGAAGGCCAGCAAUCUGCCGGGCAGAUGCCGGUGUACAUGAACGGAACAAAUCAGGCCAAGCCUCCAGCCAGGCCGGGGGGACUGUCGUUCAAACCAAUAACCCCUCGGCCGCCGAACGUUGCUCCCCUUUCAUCUAAUGUCGGCCACCACGGGGGGUCGCACCUGGCAGUGCCCCCCGUGGCGGCGCGGCUAGAGACGGUGGGCAGGGUUGCCAGGCCGGCGCACCCGAGCGUGGCGGUCGCCGCGACGACGGCGCCGUCGCAGCCGCCUCCGCCGCCGAUCACCACGUCGACGCCGGUCGUGAACGGAAAGGACGGCAACAACAACGGCAACGACGUCGUGCCGAGCGAGCAGACGACGGAGACGACGAAGCAGGCGGGCCUUCAGCCGGCGAAAGGACAGACGAUACUCGCGGACAAGGACGAGGUCGCGGAAGACGUCUCGCUGACGGCGGUGAUCCCGGACUUCUGGCAGAAGCAGAGUCCGGUGGUGGAUCAGAUAUUCAUCACGGACGUUACCGCCAACCUCGUCACAGUGACAGUUCGCGAGUGUCGGACACAGGCGGGGUUUUUCAAAGAUCGGGGCGACGAGAAGCCCACGCACAAGGACAUCAAGUGAAAGCUUCCCGCGACGUUUAAGUUAAGUAUCGAAGUGAGUGGACUCGUGCGCGAGAGAGAGUUCUAUUUUGAGCCACGACGGAUGAGUGUGUAUUUUCGUACGGCAAUCUCGGGCAGCGCCAUCUGGGUCGUGGAAGUCGAAACUCUUUUUUUUUUGUUGUUGUUACCCCUUUCCCCGGCGCGUGUCAUUCCCUACCUGCGAUUUAAUUUAAGACCAUUAUACAUUUCCCUAGAGCACAGUAAUCUGUGCCGAAUCGGUUUUUUAGUAGCGUUUGAGUAAUAUAUGUUGCUUAGUUGUUUUUUUUUUCGUCAUAGACGUAGGAAUUCUGACGACUUUCGAAGAGUACUGUUUGGGGGACAAAUCGUGAGGUUAUUUUUGUUUGGAGAGAACCAGACCACUAUGCACUCACAUGCUUGUAAAUAGGCUGGCAUUCCAAGCUGAUUCUGUGUAUACGCUGUACAUAGCCGACUUUCUCAAUUUGUUAUCUGAGUGCAGUUGAUUUUGCUGUGUAGGUAUUGUCAAACGGUACAAAAAAAAAAGAAAAGGAAAUAUUUGACAUUGUACAUAAAGAGCUGGUCUAUGAUGUGAUACGGAAAAAAAAAAAAGCAAAUCUACAGAAAUACACGAGCUUUGAAACACCGA